AUGGAUAACUUUUUAAAUAUAAAUAAAAUAGGUGAGGGAACUUAUGGAGUGGUCUAUAAAGCAAAAGAUAUCAUAAGAGGAAAAGAAAUUGCCCUAAAGAGAAUAAAACUAGAAAAUGAACCAGAUGGAAUACCAUCAACAGCUUUGCGUGAGAUUUCCAUCCUUCGUGACUUAAAGCAUCCAGGGGUGGUGCAGUUGCUUGAUAUUAUUUUCACGAAUGAUAAACUAUUUCUGGUCUUUGAAUUAAUGCAUACGGAUCUCAAAAGAUUAAUGGACCUUACAAAAGGGCCUUUGAGUACAGAUGUAAUAAAGAGUUAUCUUCAGCAGCUCUUAGAGGGUACAGCAUAUUGUCAUGCACAGCGUGUGCUCCACCGUGACCUAAAACCACAGAACUUGCUGGUGGACUCAAAGGGAAACAUAAAAUUAGCUGACUUUGGUCUGGCACGUGUCUUCAACAUUCCCAUCCGUCCCUAUACCCAUGAGGUGAUCACUCUAUGGUACCGCGCGCCUGAGAUCCUGCUCGGAGCUAAAUUUUACUUCACCUCAGUUGACAUCUGGAGCAUCGCUUGCAUAUACGCCGAGAUGGCUAGCGGAAAAACGCUCUUUCCCGGUGACAGCGAGAUCGACCAGCUGUUUCGCGUGUUUCGUGCGUUGGGCACGCCGGGGGACGACUUGUGGCCGGAUGCGCGGCUGCUGCCCGACUUCCGAGCUGCGUUUCCACAGUGGCCGCAGAAAAAGGCGCGCACUCUCCUACCGCCCGCUGUUUGUGAAGACCCCCAUGCCGUCGAACUCUUUGAGUUAAUGUUGAGAUACGAUCCGAGCAAACGUCUGCCCGCUCGCCUCGCCCUCAGUCACCCUUAUUUGGCAGAUGCUCGUCGUACUGUGCCCGACGUGCUUAUUCCAACGGACCAUUUGCAAUGA